ACACCUCUUAUUUCAGUAGAAUUUCUUAAGAACUCAACAGAAAAUCGAUGGAUGUUAAGCUUGGUUUUUGUGUACUUGUCUCCCUAAUUCUGCUGGCUGCUUAUGGAACAGGAGCUAGAAAAAUUGUUGAAGGAAAUUCUGAUGACAAUCAUGAGCAAGCAUUAAAAGAGAUUUACGGUUCCGGAUACACGUUCGAUUAUUAUAAAUCGAAACAGGGAGUUGAUGACAAUCAUCAACAAGAGAUUUCAGGUUUAGGGGACAUCUUUCGUAGUUGGUAUAAACAGGGGAAUGAUGAGAAAGAGAUUUCCAGUUUAGGAAAUAUCUUUCGUAGUUCGUAUAAACAGGGCAAUGAUAAGAAGGAGAUUUCCGAUUUAGGAAACAUCUUUCGUAGUUCGUAUAAACAGGGAAAUGAUGAGAAGGAGAUUUCCGAUUUAGGAAACAUCUUUCGUAGUUCGUAUAAACAGGGAAAUGAUGAGAAGGAGAUUUCUGAUUUAGGAAACAUCUAUCGUAGUUCAUAUAAACAGGGCAACGAUAAGCAUGUGAAAAAACAUGAUUCAUUUUUCUUCCUUAUGGAUGAUCUAAAAAUAGGGAAAAUAAUGACUCUCUCCUUUCAAACACGAAGAAAUCUAACUUCUUUUCCCAAAAAAACAGUUGAUUCCAUUCCAUUUUCACAAGUUAAAUCCAUGGAAAAUACAUUGAGAAUAUGCGAAGAUUCGCCUAUAAAAGGAGAGGGAAAGUACUGUGCCACAUCUGCGGAGGCAAUGCUGGAUUUCGUGCAAGGAGUCAUUGGAGAAAAAACCCAAAUCAAAGCUCUGACAACGAUAACAACUCAUGAUAUUUCUCCCCUGCUUCAUCGUUAUACAAUNCCUAUCUUUAUUUGUUAUGUUGCAUGUCUAGUAAAACUCUUUAUGUUUGUUUUUCCCGUAAACGUGUUGAGUAUGCUUUUGAUGAUAUAA